AUGUCCGUGAAAACUACCGCAGCAUCAUAUUCCACAGCCCCAGAAACACUGUUGUCAAAAGCAUACUCGUGCCAACAUAUCCCCCCCAGCACCCACUCAUCCCCACCCAACUCCACCUCUAGCAAACUACCCAAACCACCAAUGCCAAAAGCAUGGCCCUGCCGCCACUGCGGCUGGCUCAACCCGCCCAUGCCCAACAACGCCAUGUGCGUGCGCUGCGGCACCGACGACGCGUGGCGCAAACUGGCGCUGGAAUUCGACAAGAAGUUCGACGACGAUGAUGAUGAUGACAAAGGGCCCAGGUGGAAUUGGGACGCGUGGCCGGGCGGCGCGCCGGGGCCGAGACAUCGGUUGGCGUUGAGGGGGCCGGCGCCGCCGUUUUUCAAGUAUGAUUGA